GAAGACCCGUCCCUGGAGAGACACUUCAAAGGUCACAGAGAUGCUAUCACUAGUGUGGACUUCAGUCCCAAUAAGAAACAACUGGCAAGUGGCUCGAUGGACUCGUGCCUGAUGAUCUGGAGUAUGAGACCUCAGAUGAGAGCCUAUCGCUUUGUGGGCCACAAAGAUGCGGUCAUGUGUGUUCACUUUGCACCUUCCGGUCACCUGGUGGCUUCAGGCUCCAGAGACAAAACAGUCCGUUUAUGGAUUCCUAGUGUCAAAGGAGAAUCUACUGUGUUCAAGGCUCACACGGGAACUGUAAGAAGCGUUCACUUCUCCAGCGAUGGCCAGUCCUUAGUUACAGCUUCUGAUGACAAAACAGUCAAGGUGUGGACAGUUCACAGGCAGAAGUUUCUAUUCUCACUUAGUCAACACAUAAACUGGGUUCGCUGUGCCAGGUUCUCUCCUGACGGGCGAUUAAUAGUGUCAGCCAGUGAUGAUAAAACUGUCAAGCUGUGGGACAAAACCAGCAGAGAGUGCAUACACUCCUUCUGUGAGCAUGGGGGGUUUGUGAAUCACGUGGAUUUCCAUCCCAGCGGUACGUGCAUUGCUGCGGCUGGCACAGACAGCACGGUGAAGGUGUGGGACGUUAGGAUGAACAGACUUCUCCAACAUUAUCAAGUGCACAGUGCUGUGGUAAACAGUCUUUCCUUUCACCCCUCUGGAAACUAUCUGGUUACUGCUUCCAAUGAUUCAACUCUUAAAAUUCUGGACUUGCUAGAAGGAAGACUUCUGUAUACUCUUCAUGGUCACCAGGGCCCAGCCACCUGUGUAGCUUUCUCAAGAACUGGAGACUUUUUUGCCUCUGGAGGUUCUGAUGAGCAGGUGAUGGUGUGGAAGACGAACUUUGAUGCAGCAGAUUAUGGUGAUGUACUGAAAACACAGAAGUCUGGCACUAGUGUGGAUGGGACCCAUCGCAGCCUGCAGUCAGAAAUGAAUUGUGGUGCUCAUCUUAAGAAAACAAAACCUCAGGAUUCUGGUGGGAACCACGGGCAGCAAGAGGAGGAGAUCAGUCUUGCAAAUACCUUGGAACAUAUUAUGGGACAGCUGGAUGUUCUGACUCAGACGGUGUCCAUCCUGGAGCAGAGGCUGACGCUCACUGAAGACAAGCUGAAGGAAUGUCUGGAGAAUCAGCAGAAAAUCAUUCAGAACAAAACCAGCUGA